UUGCACAACUUGUUCAAGAACAUAAGCACUAUUCGAUCCCUUUUCAUACGAGCCAGUUUUAAUUUUCAAAGGAAUCAAUGACUUUUCAUACAGAACUGCUCAGAUUCUUUCAAAUGUUUUUGUUUCGUCGUGAACUUCGAAUCGGACUCCCUGGUGCUGAAGGAAUGGAUGUCUUAAAAUGUAGUCUGUUGUGAAUGGAAGCCGUAUCUGAGCUUGCGACACCUAGCAAACUGCGAUGCGACCUAGUGCUAUAAAUAACUAUGUGUUACUCUGUGAAACAUAGCGGCAACAGGCCAAUUUGUGACCAAAUGUUAUGUAAUACAGUGUAAUUAGUGUUUUAUAUGCUGGCCAGUUCGUUGCUAUUGCGAUUUACGAAGCAACAAAGGCACUAACAGCAGCACAUCCAAAUCAUUGCAGAUAUGAUAUAAGGAAACAAUAUAUUUAGGGGACAACUUACUACAAUUAUUUCAAAAUGAAUUUCUUUGUAGUCAUCUCAAAGAAAAUUCCUUUCAGAGGUUUGGCUAAAUUUCCUACCAAAGGAACAAUAAUUAAGAAAAUUAAUGUCAGAAUAUAUCUCACCAAAUUAAGUGACUUCACUACAAGGUAUCCACUUAUUAGGGGAAUGAUUACAUACUCUUUCACUUGGCCCAUCUCCAACCUGUGUCAGCAAGCCAUACGUGGAUCUAACGAAUGGGAUUUUGCUGAAGCACUAAGAUUCUGUUUAUAUGGCAGUUGUUUCGUCGCUCCAACCUUAUAUGGAUGGCUUAGACUGGCUGCCAACAUGUGGCCACAACUCAAUUACAGAUCAGCAAUUGCAAAGGCACUUGUUGAACAAAUUUCUUACACUCCUUUUGCUAUGGUGUGUUUCUUUUUUAUAAUGACAUUACUGGAAGGAAAAUCAAUUGGACAGGCUUCAGCAGAAGUCCGAGUCAAGUUUUUCCCAACAUAUCAGGUUGGAGCAUGUGUGUGGCCAGUUCUGCAACUAAUAAACUACACAGUUGUGUCAGAGAAGAACCGCGUUCCAUAUGUUGGCAUGUGCAGUCUACUUUGGACUUGCUUCCUAGCAUACAUGAAACAAUUAGAAGCACAAAAACUAGAAAAGAUACAAGCAGAAAGGAAACUAGAAGCAGAAGAAAAAGCAACUACACAUUCAUAUGUAAUUUUGCUGCAGUAGAUUUGCUACUAAACUAUAUUCCUAAUGUGAUAAACUAAUCUUACUUUAUAUAGCAAUUUUAUAAAAUAAAUAUUAGAUGAAAUAUGAAUUAGGAAAGAAUAAAAUUAACAUACUCUUUAACCUGGAUAAACUGAACACUAAAGAGUU